UUGUCUCUCAACAUUUAUACAUAGGAUCCAACAGAACUAAGAACUGUGAACUGUUUCUUCAUUCCAUUCUUCUAUGCUGCAGAUUCCUAAUGGUACUUAUAUAGGCUGUUCUCGAAGUUCCAAAAAAUAAUUGGGAAGGUGCUGCGUAUCAGACCAAGUUGUUCAGAAAUCCAAGCAACUGCAACAUACCUUCUAGAUCCUCACUGGGAAUUGCAGUAAAAGUGGAGCAAAAAGCAAACCAACAAACUGUGCACUUUUUACCUGUUUUAAAUAUUAAUAUUGUUGGUGAUUUUGUCACCAAGGGAGCAUUUAAUUGCAUCCAUUAUCUAGAAACACUACGGUCUAAACUGAAUUUCUUUCACUUUCUAGAACUCUUGAAAUUUAUUGCCUGAGGUAUAGUAUAUUGAUACUAUGACAGUGUCUUAUUCAACAGAAGAAAUGGUCUUGGGAAACCAGACCAGUCUGAACGUGGCAGAUAUUAGCAAUUUUAUAUUACCAAUAACAAUGACUGUGUCAGCAUUAGGUAUAAUUGGCAAUGGUCUUGUCAUUUGGUUCCUUUCUUUUAAGAUCAGGAGAAAUUCUUCCACAGUCUAUAUUCUUAAUCUUGCUGUGGCUGAUCUCUGCUUCCUUCUAGUGUUUACUACUUUGAACAUUAUUAGCCUUGCCUUAAAAGUUGAAAUUCCUUUAGUUGACAAACUUGAAUAUUUAGAUUUCAUUAGUACACUAUAUCCACUGAUACUAACUUGUCUUUUUGGGUACAACACCAGCCUUUGUCUUCUUACAGCCAUAAGUGUAGAAAGAUCUCUGUCUGUCCUUUUUCCAAUUUGGUAUCACUGCAACCGACCCAGGCAUCUGUCCUCAGUUGUAUGUAUCUCUAUAUGGACAAUGUCUUGUCUUCUUACAAUACUUGAAUUUUGCUAUUGUUACAAACCUGAAUAUAUCAGUAUUUAUACCAAGCUAAAUACUGCAGUUAAAGAAUGCAACAUUGUCUUUACUAUUAUUUGCUGUAUUAGUUAUAUUGCGUUCAUACCACUCAUGACUAUCUCAAGUUUUGUUCUUCUAAUCAAAGUAUGUGCUAGUUCCCAGCAGAAGCAGCCACCAAAAUUAUACAUUGUGAUCACAGUGACUGUUAUUUUCUUUCUUGUAUUUGGCAUGCCAAUGAGAAUUUUUUUACUGGUAUGGUACAAACAGCACAUUUUCCCACCGUUGAUAAUACUUAAUAUCUUGUCCUUGUUUAGUUCUAUGAACUGCAGUAUAAAUCCAUUUGUUUAUUUUCUUGUUGGACGUCAGGGUAGAAGCAGCGGAAGGCUCAAUCUUGUAAUAAUACUCCAAAGAGUUUUUCGAGAUGAUGGAAUUCAACUUUGGAGACAACAAAAAAAAGAAACACCUAAAAGUGAGACAAUGAUUUAAGUAUAUCAGGUGUGGAUCACAUUUGUAGGAUAUCUUUUUCAUACUGUCUUCAAUGCGUUUUGUCUCCUUUUGCCAUAUUACUUUGGUGAAGCGAAAUAAGACAGAUUUGGUUAUCACUAAAGCUGUAUAAUACAGACAGUUCAUCAUCAGUAGGUCAUCAUUAUAGUAGUAUUUGCUAUUUUACUACAAUUAUUUCCAAGUUUGUAUAGUUUAGGUUAGAAUGUAUCAACACUUCGAUACAUAAGAAAUGCUGUAGGUAAG